UUCUUUCCAUCUAGACUGCUUAGAAUCAAGCCACUGUUGGUUGCUGUAUAGUUUUGGUUAUGACAAUAGCUGGAAUGGAUGUGAAGGUGGAAGCCAGUACGUAAAGAAGACAAACUAUUCUUCUGCCCCUUAUCUUGGUGUGAUGACAUGUAAUUCGACAAGAUACAAACUGUUUUUGAGUAAAACAGUUACCGGCACAUACUAUAACAUUGCUGAUACCGGUGGUAAUGGACAGGAUCACUGUGAACUUUUGGGGACUGCCCAGGAUGGUGUAUUGCCUAGAGACUACGAAAGUUCACCAAACACACAAGGCUUCUAUCGAAAUACAAGGGGAGGCACAUUCUCAUAUGGAACAAUAGGAUAUAGACCACAGCGGACAAAUAAAUGGUAUGAAAAAUGGAUCGAAUGUGGUGUCAGCAUACCGGGAAGUAACAGGGUCAUACCAAUGUAAACCCGCCGAAACCCUACUCUAUUUCUUAUGUAUUAUUAGAUAUAUCGUAAAAAAAU